AUGAAAAUAGAGAAACGCAAAGAAGCCGACCGGUCGGCAAAGAAAAGAACCUCAAAGAAAGAUGUUAUUGAAGAUGUUGACGGCAAACACAUUAAGAGUGGUGGUAGUGGUGGCGUCAGUGGAAGUGGCGGUCGUAGUAGCCGUGGUGGCGGCUUUAGUGGCGUCAGUGGUAGUGCUGAUACCCUCGUCGAUCCUGUUGUCGUCGUCGUCCAUGGAAAUGAUCACGAAGACGAUUUCGAUGACAACAACAUCCACAACAACAACAACAACAUCCACAACAACAACAACAACAACAUCAACAACAACAACAAACCCAUCAACAACAAUAUCAACAACAACAACAAGAGCAACAACAUUAUCAAAAAUAGCAAUCACAACAACAGUUUUAACACCACCACCACCAACAACAAUACCGACAAAAAUUUUAUCAUCACCAACACCACCACCAACAACAACAACAGCAUCAAUAAUAAUUUCAACAACAACAAUAAAAACAACAACAACAACGAUGACGUCACGGAAAAGCGCGCCAAACGAUCUAUUUUUAGCAACAACAACAACGACAACAACAACCAUGACGUCACGGAAAAGCGCGCCAAACGAUCUAUUUUUAGCAACAACAACAACGACAACAACAACCAUGACGUCACGGAAAAGCGCGCCAAACGAUCUAUUUUUAGCAACAACAACAACGACAACAACAACCAUGACGUCACGGAAAAGCGCGCCAAACGAUCUAUUUUUAGCACGGCUGACAUGGGUGAGAAACUGGCUAUGUACGUCAUCAUCGGUGUCCUCAUAGCCAUAGUCAUCAUCCUGUCAUAUUUCGUCAUCAAGAAAUAUCUCUGCUGA